AUGCACGAAGAAGUGAUCAAUGACAGCAUGUCCCCGCCGCGAGCGAUGACCGGGCGCGGCGCGCGCGUCUGGCCGGGCGCGGCGGCGGCGGCGGCGGCGGAUGGGCCCGGUCACGGCGCGACGCACCAUCCACCUGCUAAACCACGUUUUAUACAAAAUUACACGCUUAUUAGGCUAUACCUACUCUCUUUACGGGUGAUAUCAUACUUAUAUCAAAACGCCUCCCUCUCGCGAGCGCGGACGAACAUUAAUUCAAAGCGUCCGCUAGUCAAAUUAAAAGAUUUUGUAUAUUCCUUAAGAACUAGGACAAUUAUUUCCGAUGUUAAGUCGUUAUUAGUCGAGAAAAUAGUGCAAUUAUUCGUUGUUGCCAAGUGUGUGUGCGUGGCGCGGAGUCGAUGGAGGCAGGGGGGGCGGAGUAGAGGCGGACGAGCGCGGGCGCUGGUGCUGUGGCUGAGCGUGUUGAGUGCGUGCGAGGGGCGGCGGGACAACGACCUGCACAUCGGGGGCAUCUUCCCGAUGGAGGGCGAGGGCGGCUGGCAGGGCGGGCAGGCCUGCAUGCCGGCCGCCGAGCUGGCGCUGGCCGACGUCAACGCGCGCUCCGACCUGCUCUCCGGCUUCAAGCUACUGCUGCACAGCAACGACAGCAAGUGCGAGCCGGGGCUGGGUGCAAGCGUGAUGUACAACCUGCUGUACAACCCGCCACAAAAGUUGCUGCUGCUGGCGGGCUGUUCCACCGUCUGCACCACCGUCGCUGAAGCUGCCAAGAUGUGGAACCUCAUGGUUCUAUGUUAUGGCGCCUCAUCGCCCGCGCUCUCCGACCGCGCGCGCUUUCCUACUCUGUUCCGCACGCACCCGUCGGCCACCGUCCACAACCCGACGAGGAUAAAGCUCAUGCAGAAAUUUGGAUGGUCGCGCAUCGCUAUACUACAACAAGCCGAAGAAGUGUUCAUUUCGACGGUGGAGGACCUCGAGGCGCACUGCAAGAAGGCGAGCAUCGAGAUCGUGACGCGCCAGUCCUUCCUGUCGGAUCCGGCCGACGCCGUCCGCAACCUGCGGCGGCAGGACGCACGCGUCAUAGUGGGCCUUUUCUACGUGGUGGCAGCGCGUCGUGUUCUCUGCGAGGUCUACAAACUGAAGCUAUACGGGAAAUCUUACGUGUGGUUCUUUAUCGGCUGGUACGAAGACAACUGGUUCGAAACAAACUUGGAGAAAGAGGGUAUCGACUGCACGGUGGAACAAAUGAGAGAAGCCGCCGAGGGCCACCUCACCACCGAGGCCCUCAUGUGGAACCAGAACGCCAACCAGACCACGAUCUCUGGGAUGACUUCCGAGGACUUUCGAUCUCGACUGAAUGAGGCUCUGCGUGAGGCCGGAUAUGACAUCGACGGAGAAAGGUACCCCGAGGGUUACCAAGAGGCGCCACUGGCCUAUGACGCGGUUUGGGCGGUCGCAUUAGCUUUCAACAAGACGAUGGAAAAGCUGGAGAAAAGCGGACUGAGUUUAAAAAACUUUACUUAUACCAACAAAAAGAUUGCUGACGAUAUAUACGAGGCCAUAAACUCAACUUCAUUUCUUGGCGUGUCGGGUCUAGUGGCAUUUUCAUCCCAAGGUGACCGCAUAGCCUUAACGCAAAUCGAGCAGCUGUCAGAGCAACAUUACGUGAAACUCGGCUACUACGACACGCAGGCCGACAACCUGACGUGGUUGGACCGCGAGCGGUGGGUCGGUGGCAAGGUCCCUCCGGACCGGACGGUGAUAGUGAACGAGCUACGGACUGUCUCGCUGCCACUGUUCGCCUGCAUGGCGUCACUGUGCGUCGCCGGGAUUAUUGCGGCUAUCGCGCUCAUCAUAUUCAACUGCGUGCAUCGGCAUAGAAGGGUGAUCCAGUGGUCCCACCCGGCGUGCAACACAGUGAUGCUGUGCGGCUGCUGCAUCUGCCUGGGCGCGGCCGUGGCGCUGGGCGUCGACGGCCGCUGGGUGCAGCCGCAGCACUUUCCCGCGCUCUGCGCCGCCCGCGCGUGGCUGCUAGCUACUGGUUUCUCUAUGGCGUAUGGCGCCAUGUUCACCAAAGUCUGGCGUGUGCAUAGGCACACUACUAAACCUAAGGCUGAUACCAAGAAACGAAUGCACGGCUGGAAGCUAUACACCAUGGUGGGGGGCCUGCUAGUGGUGGACGCGACGCUCCUCACCACAUGGCAGCUGCGGGACCCGUUGCAGCGGGAGGUGGAGACCUUCUCGCUGGAGUCCCCGCGGCACCACGACGACGACGUCCACAUCAGGCCCGAGCUCGAGCACUGCGAGAGUAAAAACAACACCGUCUGGCUAGGACUAAUGUACGGCUACAAAGGCCUGGUGCUCGUAUUCGGUCUAUUCCUGGCGUACGAGACGCGGUCGGUGAAGGUGCGGCAGAUCAACGACUCGCGCUACGUGGGGAUGAGCAUAUACAACGUGGUGGUGCUGUGUCUCAUCACCGCGCCCGUCACGCUGGUCAUCGCUUCGCAGCAGGACGCGUCGUUCGCGUUCGUCUCGUUGGCUAUCGUUUUCUGCUGUUUUCUCAGCAUGGCACUGAUAUUUGUUCCUAAGGUAAUCGAGGUGAUCCGGCACCCGACGGAGCGCGCGGAGAGCGGCCGCGGCUCCGGCUCCGGCUCCGCGCCCGCCGACGAGGAGCGCUACCGGGAGCUCGUCAAGGAGAACGAAGAGCUACAGAAACUCAUUGCGCAGAAAGAAGACCGCAUACGGGUGCUGAAACAGAAGCUGUCGGAGCGAGAAGCGGCGGCGGCGGACGGCGUGACGCAAGAUGUACAGGACGAACACAUCUGAUCGCCAGCAAGGCAAUCUUCAAAGACAGAAAAAUAAUUAUAAAUAUACACCUAAGAUAGUAAUAAUAAAUUACACUGAUUGUCAGUUGUUUUUUUUACAAUGAAUGAAAAGUUAAAGUGGUUUACAUAAGUAGACAAGUGAUAGAUAAUUUGUUUCAAGAGAUUCCGAAGAGUGAAGUGUUAGAUAAAGUUACUUGUAUGGGAUAACGGUAAAAGCGAGAGGGGCUCCGCCACCAACAGCCCAACACCGUCACCGUGCCUCGCCGCAGCGCCGAGCCGGCCGGGAGCCGGGUCCCCUUUCCACCACACUACUUAUGCACACGUUCGGAACUAAUAUGUAAAAUAAUAGAUAUCAAUGAAGUUGUUGAAAGUUUAUUGUAUAUUGAUCGUUGCUCAGUAUAGUUAAUUACAGAAAAAAAUAAAACCGAAAACUGUUAAUUUUGAGAUGUGAUCCGAUGCAAUUAUUAGGUAAAUAAAGAGAUGAUGAGAAAUGGAUGGUACGUUUGUAGACCUACUCUCAUCCCUGUGACUUUCUGUACGCUGUCGCGUACCCUGACAAACAAUGUAGGUGAGAGGUAGCCGACCGCCUUCCCACUUUAGACUUUCUUUAUAGGUUAAGUAAGUUGUACCUCGUAUAGACCAUAUCUAUUAUCUUUAUCUCUUGUUUAUUCCACUGUAUCUAUUUAUACUGUAUUCGACACAGCGUUGUUUUUAUUUAUUUGGACAUAUCAUGGUUAUUGGAGAAUGAUUCGCAAUUUCCAAUUAGGCUUGAAUGACAUAAAUGAUUUUAAAAUGCACUUGAUAAUCUAUUAUUUGACUCUUCUUAAGUGAUACUCAUGCCAAAGAUUAAGUAAUGGUGGAUAUUGUUUACUUUAAUUUGAUUUAGCCAUGAAUUAAGUUGUUUUAGGUGAAUUUGUGUAUAAAUAUAGUUAACGUGUCUCUGAAAGUAUUCAGGACUCAGGUAGACAUAAUACAAUAAUUAUCGCAGCACUGCCACUUAAUUAAGUAUAAUUUAGGUUACGUAUGUAAAAAUAGAUAUAGUAUUUUACACACUUAAUAUUAUUUCCUUUCAUCUGCAGCAAAACAGUCUUAAAUUUGAGACGGGUGAAAGAAAGAUAAACAUUAAAAAGUAUAACAAAAUAAUCUUGAUGAUUUCGAAAAAAUAAUAGUGUCUGACUCAUAAAGGAACAUAAGUCUUGCUCCUUCGAAGUUUUAUUUUUAAAUGAUUGUACAGUAGAAAUUUGAAAUAGGUUUUGAGACCUUCGAAUUUUAUGUUUUACUAACCAAACUGUUUGCUAAUGAAAACCUUUUGUUUGAAGUAGAAUGACUUUUUAGGGUUCCGUAGUCAACUAGGAACCCUUAUA